GUACUACAGAAUCCUCACCCCCUGCCGCCACCCGCUCCUGCGCAACGCGUUGCUCACUCACUCGGCUCUCGCCUGUCACCUUCGACUCCCGUCCGCCUCCUUCCGCGCGCCGUCGAGAUUCGCGAGCCUUCAUCAUAACCAAACUUUUUCGCGCGCCGCUUAGAAACGUAUUUUUCGACACGAUAGUCGACGAUCUGGCCGUCCGGUUCGAGUAGAGGUUCGACUCCCUUCGACUCACGCAGCGCCGCUCUUCUCGUAUUCCCCGCCGCGAUGACCAUUCCAAACCCUAUUUUCCCCUCCGCGUCGCGAGCCGACGUGCGGAGUCGGUACCGUCUGGGCAAGGAGCUCGGGAAGGGCGGCGGCGGCGUCGUUAGGGUUUGCGGCGAUCUGGCGACGGGCGAGCCGGUGGCGGCGUGCAAGAGCAUUCCCAAGUGCAAGCUGCAGCGCAAGGAGGCGCGCGAGGAGCUGCAGGGGGAGGUGGCGGCGAUGCGGCGCGUGGGGGGCCACGCGCACGUGGUGGCGCUGCGCGCGCUGUUCGAGGACGCGGAGAGCGUGCACCUGGUGAUGGACCUGUGCGCGCAGGGGGACCUCUACGAGUACCUCAUCGCGCGCACCGUGCUGCCCGAACCCAUGGCCGCUGACGUCACCAGGCAAAUACUCCUCGCCCUGCACCACUGCCACGCGUCGGGCGUGGUGCACCGCGACAUCAAGCCCGAGAACAUCCUGCUCGCCUCCAAGGACGAAGCUGCGGAGAAACUUCACCUAAAACUCGCAGAUUUCGGCCUGGCAGUGCAGCUCCGCGCAGGGCAGCUGGCGGUGGGCAUGUACGGCAGCGCCGUGUACAUGUCGCCCGAGGUCGUCUGCAGGCGACCCUACGGGCCCCCCGUGGACAUGUGGGGGCUUGGGGUUAUCCUUUACACUGCCCUCUCAGGCUACAUGCCGUUUUGGGGCAGCACGGACGAGCAGCUCUUCUUUCGCAUUCUGCGCAACCAGCCCGACUUCUCCAUCGCCCCCUGGCCCUCAGUCUCCCCCACCGCCAUCGACCUUGUGCGCUGGCUGCUCUCCUCCGACCCCGCCCACCGCCCCUCCGCCGCCGCCGCCCUGCAACACCCCUGGAUCGCGCAACACUGCGGCCGCCAGACCCUCCCCCCCCACCGCCCGGCUCCUCCCCCGUCCAUGGGCGUCAGUGCGCCGGGCUUGCCAGGCGAGGCUGGCAGCGCGGAGGGGGGCAGAGAAGAGCGGGUGAAGCCAGCACAGGCGAGGGGCGUGGAUGGGCCUGGCAGCGGAACUGCAGCUGCUGCAGCCGGUGGAGCCAUGGACACAGAGAUGGGCGGGCAGGAGGAGCAGAGGAAGCGGGGGAUGGCGGCAGGUGCUGAAGGGGUAGUGCGCGUUGAUCCGGGCAGCAGGCAAGGCGGACGGCACGGGCAGCAGAACGAGGAGGCGCAGAGGCAAGAACGGGCUGGUGGCACGGAUGGCAGCAUGGACGUGGACUCACAGCAGGCAGCCAGCGUGGCACAUCAGGAUGGCCGUGAGAAGCAGCCCAAGCCAGCGACCCUCCAGGUGCCUCUCUUCCCCUCCUUCACCGGCCCCGCCUCGCCCCUCUUCUCCUCGCCUGCCAGGAAUGGCACCGGCAGUGCUGGUGGUGGUGGGGUCUUUCUCUUCACUGCGCGGCCCAACGCUGGCAGCAGCAAGGAUAGAGGCUCGGGUGGCAGCAUGUGGGACAGGGGGGAGGGCAGCAAGGGGAAGCACAAGGAGCAGCAGCGGCACCAGGCGCAGCGCCACGCACAUGCAAGCAAGCAGCACGAGCAACACCAGGCUUCAACAGCAGCAGCAGCAGCAGCAGCAGGGGACAAGGAAGAGCAGAAGGAGCGGCAUUCAAACUCGGGAGCACAAGCUGCAGAGCAGAAGCCCCGUCGGUCGUCCCACUUCCGCUUCUUCUCUCCCAAGCGCAAGGCCCGCCGCUCCCACGUCGUCGUCUCUGCCGCCCCCCUCCCCGCUCCACCACCCCCUCCCCUCUCGUCGCCUUCCUCAUCGCGGCACUCCACUCUGGACCCCUCUCUACCUCAUUCCACUGCCGCCCAUUCCUCCUCUGAGCCCACCGCAUCCAUCACUGUUCCCCUCGUGCGCCGCCCACCAGCCUCCGGGGAUGCUGCUGCACCCAGUGCUGCUGCUGCUGCUUCCUCGCAAGGUGCCGCUGGCGCGGUUGCAUCGGUCACCAUUCCUGUCAUCCCGCCCAAGCCGCCGUUAGACCCAACCCAAGACCUCCCAUCCGUGCCUGAGAUCCAGGCUCGGCUAUCCGGGCCUGACGGCUCCAUCCCCGUGUCGUCGCUCUUCUCCUCCUUCCUCCGCCCCCUCAACCCCCUGGCUGCGAGGAAGCCAUCCUUCCGACAAGCCCAGCGGUCCGAGUCCUCUCCGGUGCCGCCUUCCCCCACACCCUCUGCGCCCCCCAACUUCCUCUACAGCCCGCGAGAACCCCUUAAGUCGCCCCUCAAGUCGCCCCACCACAAGCCGUUCACGGCCACCAGCAGCUACAGCGGAACCAGCAGCACAAUCAGCGCCAGCAGCGCUCCCCGCGUGGCGUCGGCCUCGGAGCUCUCCUUCGGCAUGGGCCGCUUCUCCCGCCCCCUGCAGGGCAUGUCGUCCCUCAUCCGCCCCUCCUCCCCCUCCACCUCUGCCUCGGCGCUCGCACCCUCACCGUGUGAGUCGCCGCAGCACAUUAUGGGGGCGGGUCAAGCAGGAGGGAGUGUGGGGGGGGAAGAGGAUGGGUCGAGAAGAGCACGUGAGCACACAGCCCUCACCAGCUCUGCCAGUGCCCCCAACGUGGCCAUGCCUAGCAGUGCAGCCCCCAUGCCUGCAGUGCCACAUGUGCCUCGCAGGGCCCGAGGGCUCAGCUCCAUAGUGAGGGCCUUCGCCUCUCUCUCCACCACUGCUGCUAAUGCUGCUGCCCCUGGGCCGGUGGUGGCAGGCCAGCAGCCGAGUGGAUCCAACAUGGCUGCUGUAGCUGGUGGUGCUAGUGUGGAGGGUGGCACACUGAAGGUACACCAAGAAAGCGUGGAGUCGCCGAGUGCGAGUCAGGCAAGAACGUUCAGUGAAGGUACAGCAAGAGGAACUGAAGUAUCUUCUAGUAGUAUAUGGCAAAGACAGGGUAGCUGGAUCUUUCGACGAUGAAGUGCUCUGCACAGCUGGUUAGUGCCGAUACUGAUGAGUGAUUUGUAUCUAAUCUUGUUGUACCCUUCUGAGCUUAACGCAUAUGCUUGUAUUGUAUUCAACAUGAAGAAAGGCA